ACUGAUUUUUAUCCAUUUUCUUUCCCUCUCUCAUUCGCAUUCUUAUUCUCCUACUGAUUCAAUGGCAAGAACCGUAGAGCCUCUUGUUGUUGGGAGAGUGAUAGGAGAUGUUCUUGAUUCUUUCUCUCCAACAAUCAAAAUGUUUGUAAGUUACAAUAACAAGCAAGUGAGCAAUGGACAUGAGCUCUUUCCUUCCACAGUUUCCUUCAGACCUAGGGUUGAGAUUCAAGGAGGUGAUAUGAGAACUUUCUUUACACUGGUGAUGACAGACCCAGAUGUUCCUGGACCUAGUGACCCUUACUUAAGGGAGCACCUGCACUGGAUUGUGACAAACAUACCAGGAACAACAGAUGUUACAUUUGGGAGGGAACUGGUGAGCCACGAGACGCCAAGGCCAAAUAUAGGCAUCCACAGAUUUGUUUUUGUUCUAUUCAGGCAGAAAAGUAGACAAAUAUUUAACCCACCUUCUUCAAGGGAAAACUUCAGCACUCGAGUUUUCGCUGCCGAAAACGAUCUUGGUCCACCUGUUGCAGCUGUUUACUUCAAUGCACAAAGAGAAACUGCAGCUAGAAGACGCUAACCAGAGCCCCAACCACACCCGCCACCCCCCGCGCGCACACCCAC